AUGGAGACAGCAACUAGAAGUUUCCCUGGGCCCUGGCUUCCCCCACAGACCUCAAAAGUCUGGCCCACCCUUGAAGGCUACGGCCGGCGUGGUGGGCAUCCCCUGUACUGGGUCCAGACAGACUCCUACCAGAGCCCUCCAACCAGACCUUCAACUACAGAGAACUCUCCCUAUAUUGUCAUUCCCAGCCUGGAGGAACGAAACCAAGGGAAGGCCUCUAACUGCUGGUCCAUCGUGGUGGUUGUUGGCGUGCUCGUUGUCCAAGCCUUCUGUGGGCCUGUGCAGUCAGCAAUAGCUCUCCAGUCCUGUACGCUCUGGGGUCCUGGCCUGCUGUCUCCAGACUGUUCUUCUCCCAGCCGUGAGCACAGCCGGGGACACAUUGCCUGUGGAGCCUCUAACCCAUUUCCUCUGCAGCCCUCAACUGGUCUCCUGCUGGGGUACCUGAGGGCUGGGCUGGCCCAACAGCACACGCGGAGAAGCCAUUUGCUCCAGAAGCGUCUGCUUCCCUCCCCAGCCCAGCUGUCCCUGUCCUUUCGCGUGCCGCUGCGCCAAAGCCCUGUGAUUUCAGAAUCCGGGUCCAAAAUGGUCGCAAGGCCAGAGAGCUGGCUUAAAACCCACAGCACAAAAGGAGAGGCCUGCUGUUGUGGGCCCUGGGGAGCCAGGCAGGCUGGGGAUGGAGGCCGCGCAGCGAGGGUGGAGAGCACAGGCCCUGAGCAGCAGGGGACGAUGAGAAGCAGGCACCAGAACCCGGGAAUCCACAGCUUUACCUGCCCCAGGGCCCAGCUGCUGGGCUUGCACAGUGCAGACCACAGCACCAGACACAUCUCUUCUCUUCCAGACACGGGCUGUGGCUCUGCCGUGGGGUUCCUGGUCUGGCAGAGCCAGGGCACAGGAUGGGGGGCAACCCCUCCUUCAGUGCCUCCAAGCAGGACACCGGAGGCUCCCGCAGAAACUGUCUCUUGCCCACCAACUCCAGAAAAGCUUUUAUGUGGUCUUCCUGAACCCUGCCUGGGCCACUUGGGACUGCAGAACCAAAAAGAGAGGCUCCAGGCAAGGCAGGGCGUGCAGGAGAGCCCAGAGCAGCCCAGAAGUCCUGCUAUGCCCCUUCUCUCCCCAGGCCAGCCCCACCCGACUCCCGAGGCCCCUGCAGAGGAGGUGGUGUCUGUCCAGGGAGUGCGAGGUGGCUCCGUGGAGCUGGCCUGUGGCUCUGGGCCUGCCCCACUGCUGGUCCUCUGGAGCUUCACCCCGCUGGGCUCCCUGGUUCCCCGGCCUGUGGCCGUCACCGAUGGAGCCAUGUCCAAGGUGGAGGCCAUCGCCUCGGCUCUGGGAGUCGUGAGUCUGAGGAACGGCAGCCUGGUGCUGGGGGAACUUCGAGAGGGUGCCCGCGGCCACUUCCUAUGCCAGGUUCUGCACGUGGCUGGCGGCCAGCUCCACACUGCCUACUCCCACGUCACGCUGGCCGUGCUGGGUGAGGCCUGGCCCCGGCUGCAGCUGGUCCGUGGGCUGCUUUGGAUGUCUGCAUGUGUGCUGCCCAUUCCCUGUGUGUGGGGGGGUCCAGGUUCUAAAGGGCGCCCCACUCCAGGGACUGAGGAAAGCCGGGGUGAUGAGGACGGGAUGGUCAGGGGGGUGCCGGUGUCUAAGCCUCAAGUGCGACUGAGUAACCCGUCCCCUGUGGAGGGAGCCUCCGUGGUGGCCACGUGUGCAGUGCGGGAGGGCACAGAGCCUGUGACCUUUGCCUGGCAGCAUCAGGCAUCCCAAGGCCUUGGAGAGGCCCUGGUGGGGGUCACUGAGCCACUAUUCCGGCUGGACCCGGUCAACCGGACGCACCUAGGCUGGUACAUGUGCAGUGCUCGCAACUCCGUGAACAGGCUGAGCAGUGACGGGGCCUUCCUGGACGUCAUUUAUGGUCCUGACAAGCCUGUGAUUACCGUGGAGCCACUGGGACUCGCUGAGGAGGGCUUCUGGGCCAGUGAGAGGGAAGAGGUGACCCUGAGUUGCCUGGCCGCCUCCAACCCUCCUAGUCACUACGUGUGGCUCCGUGACCACACACAAGUCCACACGGGGCCUACCUACAUCAUCGCCAGAGCAGGCCGUGUCCACACGGGUCUGUACACCUGCCUGGCCCACAACAGCUACCUGGACUCCCGCACCCAGACUACUGUCCAGCUCACCAUCUACUAUCCCCCUGAGGCACAGCCCUCCUGUGCAGUGCAUCCCAGCCCCGGGGCUGUGACUCUGCUCUGCGCCUGGCCUGGGGGGCUUCCGCCUGCCCAGCUGCAGUGGGAAGGACCCCAGGGACCUGGCCCUACUGCCCCCAGCAACGUCACCUGGAGUCAUGCAGCCGCCCAGCUCUCCAGUGGCAGCAUCUUCACCUGCACUGGCCGGCACCCAGCCCUGGCACCGCCUGCCCUCUGCACAGUCACGCUCUGGGAGCCUCUCGGGAGGCCCACCUGCUGGAGCACAGCCACAAUGGGGCACCAGUUCAUCAUGCUGAGCUGUGAGUGGCCUGGUGGCGAGCCCCCCGCCACGCUGAGCUGGCUUGACGAACAGCAGCAGCCCCUGGGCAGUAGCAGCUCCUCGACGGCCGUUCACCUCCUGCAGGCCCAGGAAGAUCUGGCUGGCAGAGAGUUUACCUGCCAGGGCACUCACCUGCUCAGGACCCCUGACCCCCACUGCCACCUCCAGCUGGAAGCCCCACAGCUGGACGUGGCUGAGCCCCGCGUGUCAGUGUUGGAGGGGGGAGAGGCCUGGCUGGAGUGCUCGCUCCGCGGGGGCACACCACCUGCCCAGCUCCUCUGGCUGGGGCCUCAACAACAGCAGGUGGACCAUGGCACUUCAGGAUUCAUGCUGCACCCUGAGGGUGCCCAGCUGCGCCUGGGCAUCUACGAUGCUGACCCGGCACACCACAGGGGCACCUACCAAUGCGUGGCCCGCAAUGCCGUGGGUAACAGCAGUCGGAGCGUGCUGCUGGAGGUCCUGAGAUAUCCAGCUCCUCCCAACGUCACCAUCAGCCGCCUGACCUACGGGAGGCACCGGAGAGAGGUGCAGCUUCAAUGGGCCAUCGCAGGCCCCGGGAACCUGACGGGCUUCCUGGUGCAGCGGAAGGCCAGUGCCCUGGGCCCAGGAGCUGGGGCGUGGGAGACGGCAGCUAGUGACAUCGAGCCAGAGAGCCGAGGCCGGCGGCUGGGAGGCUUGGACCCCGGGGUCCUUUAUGCCUUCCGCAUCCUGGCUCUGAAUCACCACACUGCAGGACAUCCCUCUGAGGUGAAGAUACCAGUGGACCCCCCCUUCAGUGCCUACCCAGCGGUGUUGGGUGCAGCAGGCACAGGAAUGGUGGUGGCAACGGUGGCCUCUCUACUGGUGUUCCAGUAUGCUGCCCGGCACCCAGAGACUUUCCCCUGUGGAGGUGGCAGACGGGUGCAUCAAGGGGAGAAAUGUGGACUCCUGGAAGACGAAGUCAUAAGCAGAGCUCUGCCCACAGAGGCCAGAGGGCAGCUUCUUCAGCUGCGGAGCUGGAGCCUCGGAGGAACUGCACAGCAGGGACAGAUCACAGCAUACGGAACGGGACUGGUUCUAUCCAAAGAGUGA